CCUCCCCAAAAUCUCGUCACGGUAAAACUGCAGCUUCUGGAAAUUAAGAAGAAAAUAUUAACACUCCUGAACAUCUUCGCAGUAUACCCAAGUAGUGCAAAUGAGUUUGAGGCGCCUCACUUUAUGAAAUGUUGCUUUAGAUACUCCAUUGCAUUCUUCACCCUCAGUGUAAAACCCCUUCGCUUGCCUCCUGAAGCCCCGUUGCUUUCUGAGCUGGAAGAAUAGAUAGAAACAAUAACGAUCACAUUCCAAUGUGUACGCUGUUUGUGCACGUAAUUUAUUACGCAACGCAAUGAAUUCUCAAGAUGAAGUCAAAGAAAAGACCUCUUCAACAGAGAAUGGGCAGAACAGUGCUUCUGAAGUGAUUGCAUUUGUUGUUGGCGAAAAUGGGCAGCUUCUGUCUGUGCAAGAGGAGGCAGCAGCAGUUGAAAAGAAAGAUGAAAGUCAAACCCCAGAAGAAGAGUUAUAUAGCCCUGAAAGCAAUUCUGGAGUUGCUUCAACAUGUGACAUCUGUGGCAAAUCAUAUAAGUAUCUGCGGAGUUUUGUGAAGCACAGAGAAGAGCAUUACACCCAAGGAGAUUUAUCUUCACAUGACCUCCAAGUGGAUAAGUUGAAAGCAAAACUCCCUCCAGGCCGAUUUAGAAAUCAUAGAUUGAGUCUAACACCAAAACCACGAUUUCAGAGCUCACCAACUCAGCAGUCCGGAAGAAAAAUAGGAGAGAAUGUGCAUCUUUAUACUUGCAGCAUCUGUGGCAAGUGUUACAAAUACAAGUCCAGUUUUCAGAAGCACAUGGAGGAGCAUAAACAUUUAGGGAUGUAUCCAGAGUUGCCUAUGGAGGACCUGGAAAGUCCAGAAGGUUCGGAGGUGCAGUCACAAAUUAUGGAUUGUCUGGAUGCAUCAAUGGAAGAUGAUGAAAUUUCUGUGGAAAAAAAUAAUUUGAAGGAGACGAAAGAUGUUUCAGACAUCUCCUUUUCAACUCCUGAAACACCUAAGGUGGAUGAGAAAAGUAUGAAGCCAGACAAGCUAAAGCCUUCAACUGAAAGUGAAGGUGACAGCGUCAAAGAUCUUGUUCCUUUGGAUGCAAUGACGGCAGAUCUUGAAGAAGAAACAGAGUCUGCCAGUACGUGUACUGCACCUGAUUCAGCUGGGUCACCGAGGUCACCAGUGCCACCAAGCGAUGGAGAUUCAGAAUUUACCGGCAUAUUUACUUGCAACAUACCUCUAUGUGCGAAAACAUUUCAAGUGAGAUCUGCAUUGCUGAUACACAAGAAAGAACAUCGAAUUACAGCAAAAAACAACACAAGAAAAUUGCUCCAGGCUCUAGAAGCUACAGAUCUGACUUGCCCAAUCUGUGGAGCGGUAUUCUUGCGUAAGGGGAAUCUGUCUGAUCACAUCCUUUAUGUUCAUGAAAAGUACCGGCCACAUUCCUGUAAACAUUGUGAUCGUCAAUUUGCCAGACCAUCAGAAGUGCUAAGACACGUCAAAAGAAGCCACCCAGAUAAAGUUGCUUCCCUAGAAGCAAGUGUAAUCAUAAAUGGAAAUUCCGAGGAAAGCCUGCUAUUCAGCAGUUUUUGUGAAAAGCCUGAGGCAGACUUAUGUAGUGCUGACUACGAGCAGUCAAAUACACCCGAUACUCCUGGAGACACAAACGAUGAACUGGUUAAUCGAAACUCCUCCAGUGAGAUGUUCAGCAAAGUACGAAAUUCAAGUCAAACAACAGAUCUGGAUGAGCAUCACAGUAAGCACCCUCUAAGCACAUCACAUCACCAAGAGCCUGUAGCUGAGAUUCACGAGUCGGAGGAAUCUGAUUGCUUAUCAAUGAUACAGAUUAGCAACGUUACCUCCUUAGUGAUGUCACCUACUGAAUUCCUUUUAUUUCCAGAAAACAAAGGUACCAUGGUAAAGGAUGAAAAGGAUAUCACUUUAUCAUCUACACCAAAGCAUGGAAAUACAAAAAGGUUUACCUGCAAAAUAUGUGGCAAAGAGCACAGAAUUUAUUCCAGUUUUUUAAAACACAAGCUCCUGCACACAGGAGCCAAAAGUAUAUGUUUAAUUUGCAGAAGAAGCUUCUUGGAGCCACGGGCCCUCGAUGAGCACAUCAGACUUGUUCAUUCCCAGAGGUUUAAAUACAAGUGCACAUUGUGUGAAAUGAGCUUUAGCAAGCAUCUACCAUUUUCUAAACACAUUCUUAUGGCCCAUUGUGAUUUAAAGAAAAUGAAGUGUCAUAUAUGCAAAAAGAAGUAUAAAACAGCCCAACAUUUACAAAGGCAUGUCAGAAAAAAUCAUAGUAAUGGACAGAAGAAGUAAUUCCAUACUUGGCAUGUGACUGGUUCAUUCACAACUUGCUGAUGAGCUGAGCCAUCUUAAGAUCUGAUUUACUACAAGUCAGCAUUUCAAUGAGGGGAGGUUUUUUUUUUUUUGUCAAGUUUGUGAAUAAAUGGGACUGCGUUCAAACUUG